CCCCAGCGGAUCUUUUAUUUUGCCGUCUCGUCAUUGCUGUCAGAGAUUCUUCCAAGUAGCCGCGCUUAUUUGCAUGGAUUCCGCAGCGGUCGUUCGUUUAUACGUUCGUCCAUUCAUUCUCUCAUUCUAGUGUAGGUGGAAGAUCCGUUGCGACGUAUUGCUGUCGUUUUGAGAAUUCCCUCUAGUGAUUUGGUUUUCUUCUCCGAGAGGAGGCAAAACGGUCAGCAAGGGUUUUGAUCGGUCGAGCUCAUGUAGGCAGGUUUACCUAAGUUCUUUGCGGGUGGCAGGAUGGCAGUUCGAUGGAAAGCCGGUCAGCGGCGCAAACGGUGGACCGAGCAAGCCAUCUCUCUUCGUGCUAGUUCUCUCGCUAGGCUACAAGACUCAGUUGUAUCAGCUGAUUUGCAAUCUGAUGCAGCAUUUACGAAUUUCGCUAAACUGCUCCAGGCUUUUGGACGACUGCCUUCCACCUUUGCACAAAUAGCGGCAACCAAAGCUCUCUCUGAUGUAUUGCUGUCGGUGCUCAAAUCUGAUCACGCUUCCGCACAAACUGCUCUGCUUUUGUACGUGGAGCUCCUAUUUUUGGACAAUUCUCGUCCUAUUCACCGCGGCUUGUUAACACCCUUGUCACGUCUAUCUGACGAUUGGAAAGUUAAAGUAGCAGAUGCACUCAAUGCCUGUUGCUUGGAGUAUGGUCAGGGCGGAACAAAGCACCGAAGGUUUUCCAUAGUGGGAGUCGUAUCAUCUAUCUCUACACUUCCACAGCCGGGUAUACUGAAAGGAGUAUUAGAGAUUUGCUUAAAUGUUUUUACGUUGUCGGCUUGCCAUGAUAUAUCAUGGGUGCUAGAAUAUUCCAAUGAAGGAGGGCGGCCCCCACCAAACACAAUGGAGGAUUGCCAGGACGCAGUUGGUUCUCUUUAUUACGUGCUGCAACAUUAUCCUCACACGUUUAUAAAUGAAGAUUUGGAUACAAGGGACGUCUCAGAGGAAUCAACACUGAAACUUAAUCAGAUUCCAGUAGAUCUGGAUGUCUCAAAUGAUAAGUGUUCAGUAAAUACUGAAGGACGAUCCAUUCAGUUUUGGUCGAGGUUGUCUGGGGUGGUGGUGUAUGGCAGAAUAGUUCGGACACUGAUAGAUGUACUUCAAACUUCGGCGCUGUCACGAGACUGCGUGGUGGCUGCAGGAGUAGGACUCUGUGCCGCUGCUCAAUUCAAGAACACCAACGACGAAGUUGCUUUAAUGCUAGCUAAAUCGGUCUUUGCUUCUUCUACAGCUCAUAGUGUUGCUGUCAUAUCAACUGUGGAUGGUGUUAGUGAAGGACCCAAUCAGUCCGGAAUGAUGGAAGCCGCCAUUAUGGAUCAAUGUCGAAGUAAUCUCUCAGCUGAGGUCAGUAAAUUCUCUGAAUUUGGCAGGCUGUGUGUGUUGCGGGGACUCUUAACUGCCCUGCCUCGAGUAGCUCUCAACACUCCUCUUCUAAUUCGAGAGGGUAUCAGUUGUGGUGAGUCAACUACCAUGAACGAACUUGGCUGCAGCACAGAAUCAGCCUGGAAGUUGUGGACAAUUCUCUAUGACGGGAUAUUGCCUGCUCUUUGUACGUUCUCUGAGGGUUCUGUCGACAGUCAUUUCAAGUUUCAUACAAUUACAGCUCUCCAAAUAUGCUUACAGCAAGUGCGUGCUUCUGUGACUGGAAAAUUAACCCAAGAAGCACUUGAUCGACUAGGUGAAGCGGCCAGUGUUCACAAAGUCAUGAUUAGUGGGUAUGAACCGUUGCCAUCAACAAUGUUAUCUCGAAUUCUACAAAUUGUGUGGAAUAACUGGGAAGAUCCUCUCACUCAAACCGUGAAGCAGGUCCAAGCUGUUUUUGACCUCCUUGUGGAUGUCCAAUUUAUAUUCGCACAACAUGGACACAAUGGCGACAACGAUAAUGUUGAAGCAAGCCAUGGAGAUUUUGUGAAACAGAUAGCGUCAAACCUGCUAGCAGAGGGACGUUACAGAAAGGGCAAGUAUGUGCCUUUGGCAUCUUUAGCUGUACGGAUAGGUGCUGAAAAGUUGUUGUCUAUGAACCCGAACCUGUUGUUUGAUACUUUUCAUGCGCAGUCCGAUGAUGACGUGUGCUGUUCUGCGAGCUCAUUUUUGAAAACAUUUCUUGAGCGUCUGAAAGAGGAUUGCUGGAGCUCCUUUGGUGGAGUUAAUGAAGGCUGCCUAGCUUUUAGACGGCUGUGGAUUCCCCCUCUUCUCACAGUUCUUCUCUCUGGAAAUUCCCGGCUCAGGACCAAUCUUAAUACUUACGCACUACCGGUUGCUAUGCGUAUUGAUCCGGACAGUGUAAUUCCCAUGUUGGCAUUCAUAUUAGACGGAGCUGACAAGUGGGGAAAAAGGUCCAAUUUAAGUUGGGAGGAGUUGAUGGGUGCUCCUGGCUUGCCUUCUCACCUAACAAUGCAUCAGCGCAUAGCAGCUUUGAUAUCAGUGCUGAAGGUGGCGCGUUCUUUAGCUCUCAUCGGCGGAGAUAUUGAUCAAAAUUUCGACACCGGAAGUUCUGUCACUGGGAUUACUAAUGAAGAUCUAAACUCAUCAUCUGGUGAGACUGUUAUCGUGAGGGUUCAAAAUGAGAUCGUUCAGGUCCCCGUUUCAUGGCUUGAGCAGGCGUUAACCCAUCUCGAUGAUAGCUUACGAGUUGAUGCAGCAGAACUUAUCUGCUUGAAUCCAAAAACGACAUCUAUGCCCUCUGCUUUGGAAUUGAAAAUGUUAAGGCUCUCAAUACCUUUGAAUAUGAGGUGUUCCUCUACGUCAUUUCGAAUGCGAUGGACCAGCUUGUUGAAAAAGUUCUUUAAUCGUGUUCGAACUGCAGCAUACCGGCAUCACCGACUGAGUAAUGAACCUCGGCUUGUGAAGACUUCGCCUUCUGUAAUCAGUUAUGGGGAUGAAAAAAGAAAGAAAAGAGUUGCAGCAGCAGAGAAGCAGUUGAACGGAAAUGAAGAUGAGCAUGUUUCGAAAGAUGGGGUUAGCAUUGCUGAGAUGCAAGAAUUUAUGCAGCUGUUGACCCAGUACCUACUUUCUUCGCUCUAUCCUUCUGCGCCUUACGAGCGCAAGAACAUGGCAAUGGAGCUUUUGAACGCAAUAAUUGAGGUUUGGAGUUUCUCACCUGAAGAAAAGCCGACGGGAACCAACUCACUUAUUGCAGACUUUUCGCCGUACCAAGCUGGGCUUUUAUCGGCUGAGGCAACUCUUGUAGUUGUUGGUGCAAUCGUAGACAGCUGGGACAAGCUGAGGGAAAGUGCGUUUAGAAUUCUUGUGCGUUACCCGACUCCUCUGCCAGGUUUGGAGUCAACUACCUCAAUCGAACGCAUUCUACACUGGGCCAAGGGCCUUGUUAGUAGCCCUCGUGUGCGAGAAAGUGAUGCAGGAGCUCUUGUUCUCCGCCUCGUUUUCCACAAAUAUGUACUUGACCUUGGUUGGAGUAUUAAUGUUCAUACUGUACUGGCAUCCACAGUUGUGAGCAAUGAAUGUGGGAAAGCAGGGCCUGCUAGAAUAGGAGUAGCAAUAGCAGAGUAUGUGGAGUCUCUGAAUGAUUGGCUGGAAUGGGGGAUUAAUGAGGGGGACAGGGACCUCCUGAAGGCCUGUUCACAUAGUUUUGUGCACGGGGUACUGUUAACACUUCGGUAUACAAUGGAAGAGCUUCCAUGGGCUUCAGUUGCUGUUCAAGUGGGUGUUCACCGUCUUAGAGCCGCCCUGCAUAAGCUCAUCAGCCUGCUUUUGCGGGUUACCUCUUUGACUCUGUGGGUGGUUGCUGCUAGUGCUCUUAAUCUGCCACCUGACAUGGCUUCAGAUACCUCAGCAGGUAUGUUGGAUGACAUGAUUGAUGCCAAUAUCGACGAAGAGAGCUUUGAAGAUGGAGAGGGGGUCGCCCCAGUUGAGCAGAUGAUCAUGGUUGGCUGUUGGCUAUCAAUGAAAGAGGUUAGUCUUCUUUUGGGAACUAUUGCGAGAGAGGUACCUUUAUCUGAAUGCUUUUCUGAAGAAGAGAAGACAAGAUCGCUGGUUGCUGCAGAGAAUACAAGUGGGCUGUUGAACGCCGAACAGCUGGAGGCAAUGGGGGCACAUUUCUUGCAAGUGCUUCUGGCCAUGAAACAUAAUGGUGCUAUCGACAAAACUCGAGCUGGAUUCAUUGCCCUUUGUGAUCGGCUUCUUCGCUCCCCUGACCCCAGGUUGAAUAAAUUGCCUGAAACAUGGAUGCAUCAGUUGAUUGAAAGAACAGGGUCUAAAGGACAGACAGUAGACAAUCUAUUGAGACGUAGUGCUGGCAUACCUGCAGCAUUCCUGGCGCUUUUUUUGGCUGAGCCUGAUGGUGCACCUAAAAAGCUUCUUCCAAUGGCCAUGAAAUGGUUGAUAGAUACCUGUAAAAAGUUCGUAUUCGCAUCUACCAAAGCAAGUUCUGAAAGCAACGAUAAGCAUAUUUCUCGUGGGGAGGAUCUUGUACUUGUUGUUGACAACACCGCUGAUAAUUUGGAGCUGCAAACUAAGAUGAAACGGCGGGAUGAAGGUGUGGUGCCCACCGUCCAUGCGUUCAACGCAAUGCGAGUCGCAUUUCAUGACACUAACUUAGCUACUGAUACUUCUGGAUUCUGUGCGGAUGGCCUCAUAACUGCUAUACAAGCUUUCUCAUGCCCUUAUUGGGAAGUUCGCAAUAGUGCAACACUUGCAUUCGCAGCUCUUGUGCAUCGUACAAUUGGAUUUCUGAAUGUGUACAAACGUGAAUCUGCGAGGCGAGCUAUUACAGGCUUUGAGUUCUUUCACAGGUUUCCAACUUUACACCCCUUUCUUUUGCAAGAGCUUCGGUCAGCGACCUUGCAACUACAGCAAGAUGGUGAUGGUGGAUAUCAGGGCCAUGGAAUGACAAGUACUCUUCAUCCAAGCUUGGGUCCUGUCUUAAUCAUAUUGUCUCGGCUCAAGCCCUCGGUUAUAAGCACAGGCGUGGGUGAUUGGGUCAGCCCUUCUGCGUUCCGCCCUUAUGUGACUUCAUGUGCAACACUUGAGAAUUUCCAUGUCAGAGUGCUAGCAUCACGAGCCCUGGCACCUCUCGUUUCGGCUGAUGACUUACCUGCAGUCUUGUUGGAACUUGCGAAGAGCUUACCGAAUGCAAGAAAUACACCAAAUAUUGCGCUAUCCUAUAAUGCAAUGCAUGGGGUGCUGUUGCAGAUGACUGUUCUCUUGACCUCAAACUGUUCUGCGCUUCCGGAUCUUGAAAUGCGCCAAAUGAUUGUGACAAAGUUGUUCACCGAGGUCGAACAGCACUUAUGGCUCGGUUCUAUUCAUCAUUGUCCUUGCCACAUGGUAGUAGGAGCCUUCUUUUGUAUGUUAGAAGCAAUGUUAAGUGUUGCCAAGACUUGUGCUCAAGGCGUGGUAUCCAUGGAGACCUUGACAAGGAACGUGCAAGCGCAUCUUCUACAUCUUUGCGCUGAGUGCCUGGAGGAUGAAACUGAAGGUAUUGCAAGCUGGAACGAGGCUAUGCAGGUUCUUCUCUGCGAGCGAGCGUCGAACCUCUAUUUUGGGACCAUCCUCUCGAACUUGUUGUUACAGAGCAUUGAUGCAAAGGCUACACACAGUGACGGGCCUGAGCAGUUGAACGACUCCUAUAGAAGCAGUUCGUCAGACAUGUUGGCAGUGAAGAAUCUAGGGCUCAUGUUCAGUAGUGCGCUUUCACAUAGAAUGUAUGAAGUGCGUUUAGAAACCCUCAAGGUUCUAAAAAGUUUCUUUUUCUGUUUAACACAACCAAUCACUGAAAGGAUCGGCUGGAUUAGUAACUACUUGCAGCCAUUGCUCGUGGAGCGAUUAAGAAUUGAGACCCACCCAGGUUGUGUGCGUCGCAUUCUCCAUGUUCUUUACGCUUGGAGGUCAGUGUUUAAGAAGAAUUCACCAGCAGAGGAUAGCAAUACUGCUUGGGAUUCAUCGUCGUUGGUAACAUGGGACAGGGUGCUGCAUAUCUACAAGACAUCGAAACACGCUAAAACUAAGGAAGUCGCCAUGAGGUGUAUGGGAGCUUGCUUGAGCUCGGUGCUAAGCUAUCUGCGCUUUACAAGUGAUGAAGAUUGUCAUGUAGCAGACGGAUCAUCGACACCUGAACUUGUUAGGCGAGCAGUUGAUGAAUGGAUUUGCCUAGUGAAUAAGCAUAGUGCAGCAAGUGAAUCUGCAAAUUUUCGCCGUGCUACAGCAGAGGCAAUUGUGGCUUCCAGCUUGCUGGAUCAAGUUCCAAGCGUGGCGUUAUUCUUGACAAAAGUUUCAAAAGUGGGGGGGCACAGACUGGAGUUUGCGGAGUGGUACGGAAAAGGCCUAUUACAGGUGUGGUGUGUCUGUGUGAAGCUCCUGGAAGAUGAAGACCCAGAUUUGCGGCAGAGUCUUGCAUUGUCUCUGUUGGACGUCCUUGCUCUUUCAUCUGGAACCAACGGAAAUGCUCAUUUCAAUGCAGCAGUUCCGUCACAGGUAGAACGGGUGGUGCAGCUGGCUUUUCAGUGGUUGAGCUCACAUUUCGGGUCGUGGCAUGUAUACUGGAGUGUGUUGGCAGAGUGGGUAUUGGGUUCAGAGGAUAUAGAUGCCCUUCUUGUAAGUGAAGUUGAUCUGGUCAGACGUUUGUUUGACAAAGAAAUUGACAAUCACCAUGAAGAGGAACUUGUGUUCGUACAACUUUGUUGCCUCCAUUUGCGGCUGUUAGUCGGUUACGACUCUUUGUCCUCAUCUGCUGAGGUUCGAGGUUCUGAUUUAUUACAAGGAAUACAUCAUUCCAGGCCAGAAUCUUGUGAGGCGUUUGUGGGAGCGUGGAGACAGAGGUUCCUGGAACAAGUCAAAUCUUGUGCAGAGUUGACUCUGCGUAUGCAGGAGAAAAUGCCGUGGGUCGGUGGUGUGACAAACCACCAGGAUGCGUUUAAAAUGGUCUAUCGUAGGCUGCUUGGUCUCUUGAUUUUUGCAGGGCCUUGCAUCAGCAGUCAGGCCCAAGUCCUCAAAGACCAACUUUUGGAAAUCAGCAGAUUAUUGCGACAAUUGCCUUUGAAUCCGCUGGUGUCCAAUGUUAUGUAUAAAAUAUUGCAGGCAUAUGAAACUUAUGAUGCGGCUAUUGAUUUGGGUUCCGCCAAUUAUCGUGCCAGCAUGGGCUUAGCUUUCUGUGAUAAGUUCGAGCCGUUGUUUCUUGUGGAGUGAAGCUCCUUAUGGCGGAUUGGAGGGUAUAUCCUCCAGUUGAAAUUCUAGCUGCUGCUGCUGCUGCUGCUGUCCUAAGCGUGUGGAGCAGGUCGUUUCGAUUAUUUUGCUUCAGACAUAACCAUGAAUAUGCGAACUAUUAAAUUCAUUUCACUGGAUUUAUGAUGGUAGUUGAUUCUUAUGUGACACCGCGGAUACGUGAAAAGAGACACCAGCGGCAUACUUCAUAGCGUUUUUCAGUGAAUACUCAGCAUCAAAACAGUAAGGGUAACCUAGAAAGGCCCUUGUGCGACUUCCCAACUCCAUAGGGUUACGUGCGAGUCCCCUCGCUACUUGAAUUGGCUAGCUGUAAGAAUGAGCUUGCUCCGGUAAUCGCAAGCAUUGGACGUGGAACAAUCAUGUGGGGUUAAGAAUUUUUCAAAGCAAGACGAUGCUCAAGUUUUUUUAAAUUUUAACGUCUCCAUAUAUAUAUAUAUAUAUAUAUAUAUAUAUCCAGUGGGUUUGCUCUGCUUCUAGUAUGUACACUUUUAGGUCAUAAUUGCUGGAAGUUCGAUUUGUUUGUUGAAUUAGGCAUGUGUGUAACUCUGGUGAACGGCAGAGUAUUCAACCAGAUUUGCGGUGUCACAGUCUGCAAGCAAUGUGCUGCACAUUUUCACUAAGUCGCAAAUGUUUCCUCCCCUGUUGAAAAAU